AUGUCGGGAGACGAUACGACUGCUGCAGGCAGCAGUUUCUUCUUGUCUUUGUUGGGAAUCCAUCAACACAUCCAGGAUCGUGUUAUCCAAGAACUGGACAAAAUCUUUGGAGAUAGUGACAGACCAGCAACAUUUCAAGACGCUUUAGAAAUAAAAUAUUUGGAAAAAUGUUUGAGGAUGUACUUACCAAUACCCAUCAUUGCUAAACAGAUUCAGGAAAACUUAAAAUUAUGUAAAAGAGUAAAGUAUUACAGGCUCACAAAAAGUGUCAAAUGA